AAUACCGUGAUAUAGGCUAAAGUGAUAUUUGUGAUGAUGUAAAUAUGGUGGUGCCGCAAGGACCUCUUCCACGGCAGUGCGUCUCUGCGCUUAUUAUGGCCCAUACUCCGCUGAAGUCGUUCACCAUCAACUCUAUUUUGCCAGAGACAGCGUUAGACGCGAGGAGCGGUAGUCCAGAGCCUGAGGAGGAGUGCGAUCUGAAGCGCGAAACUGUGUCCGACGUGGAAGUGAGUGACUGCGAAUCGGAUUUGGAUGUUACUGGAACUACACCGCCUUUGGACUGUUCUAAUAAGAAUACUGAUGAAGCAGACGACAAAGAAGGAAAAGACAAGAAACCCAACGAGAAACCCCCAUACAGUUACAAUGCCCUCAUCAUGAUGGCCAUCAGAAACAGCCCCGAAAAACGCCUCACUCUCAAUGGAAUCUACGAGUACAUCAUGAGAAACUUUCCCUACUACAAAGACAACAAGCAGGGCUGGCAAAAUUCCAUCAGGCACAACCUCAGCCUCAACAAAUGCUUCGUGAAGGUGCCCCGUCACUACGACGAUCCAGGCAAAGGCAAUUACUGGAUGCUGGAUCCUUCAGCUGAAGACGUCUUCAUCGGAGGCACUACCGGGAAGCUUCGCCGACGGUCCACUGCUGCCUCUAGGUCUAGACUGGCAGCGUUCAAGCGAACACUUUCAUUAUAUUCACCUUUACAGACAUGCUACCCUCCUUUCUACCCGCCAUCUCCAGCGUUACUAGCCGCUGCGUAUUCCAGAUACAAUCCCUAUUUGCAUGCACCAACAACAACGAAUAUUUUACCGAGGCCUACGCCAGUUCAAGCUCAACCGCAUUUCUCUAACGUGGAUAAGCCUUUAGGGCUUAGCGCCUCCCCUAUGGAUCUUGCUAGUUCGCCAUUCUUCAGACCACCUCACCCUCUAUUCGAAAUGUACAAUAAUUUGAGACUGGCCGUACCCCUGCAGUAUCCGUUGCAAUUGCCCUUGUCGAGUUUACCCGCGCAGGGUUCAAACGUGCCAUCUUCGAGUUGUUCCAGCUCUCCAGACUCGAGGCCAUCGCCAGAGGGUCUUCUGAAGCCGGUGACUGUAAUCACUAGGAAUAAUUGACUCAGUUCUGACAGUGCGUGGCUGUUUUUAGUGGUAGUGUGAAUUGUAAAAAUUUGUAUAUAAUGCAAUAAAUGGUCAAAUUCUUGUACAAAUAUUGGACAUUGACUUGACAGAGGUUGACUCCAACUAGCAGUCACUAGAGAUAGAGCGCGUAUUUUAUAGAAUUUUCAAUAAAUAAUUUAUUUUAUUGCAAUACAGGUUUUAUCGUAUGUUUAGUGAAAACACAAUGACAUACAUAAUACCUAUUUAAAAGCAAAGAAAUAGGGCAGUAUUCUCAAGUGAAAUUAAUUUAUCAAUAAAUCAU